GUGAGUGCUACCUUUGCGGCGCUGUGGACCAAGCGAUCUCUUGGGCGGGACCCUUCCUGGGUGUCAUAUUUCUGGUCUUUGUCUUUUUGGCGGCCUUGAUCCGCUCACUUCGAUCAAUGGACAUGGACCACACAAAGAUCCAGCAUCGAAUUCUCGAGUCGGCGAAGCACUCAUGGCUAGGUCGCCUUGCAGAGUCUGAUCAUGGCGAGUUCCGCAUGGUCAUCGUCAUGUUGACUUCUUUGCAGACGCUCUGGACUGUCUCCCUGAUGCCGCUUCCCUACACGCGAUUCACGAAAGACUGGCUGUGGACGGUGGGCAUUGUGGCAGCCGACAUGUCCAUCCUCCGGCCUCAAUGUGCCUUCAGGCUCUCCUACUUGUCGAAGUGGCUUCUGCAGUGGGCGACAUUCUUCAUCGUCGUGGUGGUGCUGAGCUUGGCCAUGCUUGCCUAUUGCCAUUGGCAUAAGAACCGGCUGAAAGACGUCGGCUACAUCAGCCCGAAGCGCGGCCUUCUGGGCGUCGUCUCUGCCACGAUGAUGCUGUUUCUACUGGUUCAUCUUCGUGAUGAUCUGGUCUUCCUCAGCUGCGUCCCGUGCGAGCAUGACAAGUUCUGUCUUGCCUUCCAGCCUGUCAUUGAGUGUGCCGUAACCGACUGGGUGUGGGUGACCAUGAUGGUCCUGUCCAUCUUGGAUCUGAUCUUCGUUAUCCUGCUCUCAGUGCCGGUGAUAGCCCUCUGCAUCUAUGCCUCCUGGAAGUGGCAGCACGGGCAAUUUCGGGGCUUGGCGGACGAUUUCAGCGCUCCUUGGUAUGUUUUCUUCUCAGAGUUCUGGGUGAAGCGACACCGGGGUUACAUCCAAGAAGUCCGCGAG